GCUGGCCAAUGAAAUGCGAGUAUCUCUGCUCCUCGACGCUAGUACGACUGAUUUGCAACCCGCCGAUGCAACAACAGAGAAGAAGGAAAAUGUCGCUGGCGUCGACUCGGACCGUUCUAGGAUCAGCGUCCUUUGAAGAGUGAGACAGCUGGCUCUCGAGAUAAUUUCAGCUUUUUUCUUUCGCCGGUGGAUAAUCCAAAAACAGGAACAAGAAAGGAGCAUUUCCCUUUUUUUAAGUCCAUCUGUAAACAUGUUGUAGCCCUCCCAUAUGACCUGAUGUAACCCGAACUUUAAACCUCUCUUUCUCCAGCCAAAAUAACUUUUCAGAAAAUAAAUAAAUAAAAAAACAUGGACCCAUCUACUGGAAUGAUGGGUCUGGGAGCUCAGGGGAACAUGGUUUUCACUGUGGUAAAGCCAGUUAUGGGUAUUUUCCAAGUGUCUUCGGAGCAAGGCAGUGGUGUCCCACAAGGCAGCAUGGGCCUGCAGAGUUUAUCCGAAAACACGAUAGUUCUACCUCCAGCACACAGCAGUCAGGGCCCGCUGGACCCAAACCAGCUGGAAAUGCAGAGCAUUCACAGCGACAACCAGAUUCAGGUCUCGGUCCUGACGGAAGAUCCUUCGCAUAGUCAUGAGCUGGGGCAGAGCGCGGGUCCGAACGCACAGCCGAGCAGCCAGGUGCCCUUCGCGGAGGUGUCAUCCCUGCUGGACCCCAACAUGAAGGGCUCGAAGGCUCGUAAAUAUCUCAUCUCGUACGAGGAAAUCAAAAGGCGCCUGCAGGCUCCGGAGAAGAUGUCCCUGCGCUCCUUGGCGGCGUACACUCGGGUCAGCAGAGGGCCAGCCAGCAAGAAAACCCUGCUGGAGUCGCUGAACGUCCUCGGCCUCACGCCGAGCACCACCACCUCCGUGUCCUCCUCGUUCUCCAAACUCACUGAAGGCGACACAAGAACUUUAUGUGAAGAUAUGAAGGAUUUUGCUCAUGAUUACAUCGAUUAUGGCAACAUGGCCAAACAGCUCAUUCCUGAGACCAACACAGUUCAACACUGGUCCAAACUCAUCGAAACCAAAAACCACCUGGAGGAGAUGAGGAAGUGUUUCAAAGAUCCGGUCAACAGCGGCGCCUUUGAAAAUGUCACCCACGGCCUCGGCCUUGGAAUGCUGGACGUCGCCCUGGACAUGAUCGUCAUGGUAAUCGACCAGCAGAUCCGCAUCCUGUCCGGGGCGGCGGCGUCCGACCCAGCCGACUCAACGCAGCCCGUGCGCCGCAUCCGCAGGCGCCACCGGAAGGUCUGUUCGUCCGAGAAACCUCACACGGCGUCUGGAGGGGCGAGAGAUCAGGGCAAGAGCGCCGCUAAAGCAAAGACCCGGGUCAGAGCCAGGAAGAAAAUAAAACCAGACUCUGGACUCGCCGGUCCGUCUGAGACCCAAGCGGGUCCAGACAAGCCAGAUUCUGAGGAGACUAACGUCCUGACCUUUGUCUCUGUGGGCUACGAGGCGGUUACAGGCGGUCUUAAUGCAGCUCAGACUGUUUGACAACAGUUUCCUGCUCCUCUAGUGAUUUAAUGAGUGUUGUAGCACAAAAACAUCUCUUAUUAUUCCAGAAAAGCACAUUCAGUUUGCCUUGUUAGGGAUCAAAUCAAGCAGACACUUAUCUUUAGUUUUGUUUUCAUUUAGUUACUUCAUCCUCUAGUUUAUCAACCUUUAUAAUCAGUCUUCAUGUUUUAGGGAUGAUUUACACAGAUGUAUCUUGUUAUCCCCUAAACUGUAGAAAUUGUGGUGUUGUUGAAAUGGAUCAAAAAGUGUGACCAAAAUCAUAACGGUCAGUUCGGCUGGCACUUAAACUAUUGCUGAAUUCAAGUGUGGAGUUUUCACCGAGAAAUAACAUGUUAGUCAACUCAUCAGUGGUGACUAAAAAAGGGUCUAUUUGCUUCAUCUUUCUGCAGUUUACAAUAAAAUGAUGCUCUAGAGUUUUAUGCAACACCAAUUUGA